UUCCCCCACGUGCGGGCUGCGUUCGGGGCCUGCGUGUCCUGUAGCUGUGCUUCUCCUGCCUUCGCUUUCAGCCCUGCAAGCCGGGACCCAAGGACGUUUGCUCCCACAAGUGCCGACCCGGUGCUGGGGCGGCCGUGCUUAGCGAGGGACCGUGCAGCCGCCCCUGAGCGCGACCAUGGGCCUGCUUGCCUACCUGAAGACCCAGUUCGUGGUGCACCUCCUCAUCGGCUUCGUCUUCGUGGUCAGCGGGCUGCUCAUCAACUUCACCCAGCUGUGCACGCUUGUCCUCUGGCCCGUGAACAAGCAGCUGUACCGCUGGCUCAACUGCCGCCUGGCCUACUCGCUCUGGAGCCAGCUGGUCAUGCUCCUGGAGUGGUGGUCCUGCACGGAGUGCACGCUCUUCACCGACCGGGCCACCGUGGAGCACUUCGGGAAGGAGCACGUGGUGGUCAUCCUCAACCACAACUUUGAGAUCGACUUUCUCUGCGGCUGGACCAUGUGUGAGCGGUUCGGCGUGCUGGGGAGCUCCAAAGUCCUGGCCAAGCGGGAGCUGUUGUACGUGCCGCUCAUCGGCUGGACGUGGUACUUCCUGGAAAUCGUGUUCUGCAAGCGGAAGUGGGAGGAGGACCGGGACACUGUCAUCUCGGGGCUGAGGCGCCUGUCGGACUACCCCGAGCACAUGUGGUUCCUCCUCUACUGUGAGGGCACCCGCUUCACCGAGAAGAAGCACCGCGUCAGCAUGGAGGUGGCCGCCUCCAAGGGGCUGCCCGCGCUCAAGUACCACCUGCUGCCACGCACCAAGGGCUUCACCACCGCGGUGCAGUGCCUCCGCGGGACAGUCUCGGCUGUCUACGAUGUCACGCUGAAUUUCCGGGGAAAGAAGAUCCCGUCCUUGCUGGGCAUCCUCUACGGGAAGAAGUACGAGGCCGACAUGUGUGUGAGGAGGUUUCCCCUGGAAGACAUCCCCCUGGACGAGAAGGAGGCAGCCCAGUGGCUGCACAAGCUGUACCAGGAGAAGGACGCGCUGCAGGAGAUGUACAACCAGAAGGGCGUGUUUCCCGGGGAGCAGCACAAGCCCCCGCGGCGGCUGUGGACGCUGCUCAACUUCCUGUGCUGGGCCACCGUCCUCCUGUCCCCGCUCUUCAGCUUUGUCCUGGGCGUCUUUGCCAGCGGCUCUCCCCUCCUCAUCCUGACCUUCCUGGGCUUCGUUGGGGCAGCUUCCUUUGCGGUCCGACGACUAAUAGGAGUGACCGAGAUAGAGAAAGGGUCCAGCUAUGGGAACCAGGAAUUCAAGAAAAAGGAGUGACCACGGCUGCGGCUGUGCUCGCCCGACGGCGGGUCCCCUCGAUCCAGUCACGCGGACGGCACCGAGCAGUGAGGAGAGGCUGAGAAACUGUUUUUCUUAUUAACUGGUGACUAAUAUUAACCAAUAAAACUUGAGCCAAGAGCGAGAGAUGGGAAGACCUGCCAGCUGAGGAGCCGCCGUGCUCGCCGCCUGUCGGGCGCGGCUCCGGCCUGGCGGGGGCGGUGCGGGCCGGGGUCCGGCCCCACCCCAGGUGUCCCCAGCCCUCGUCCGCCCGAGGGAGCCCUGGACGCCUCCUCUUCUUAAACUCCGAUCCAAUUUUUAGCAGUUAUUCUGGGAAUGUGCCCUGGCCCUCGCCGCUUCUCCGCAGCUCCGGCACACCGUCUCUCCCGACUCCUGGAGCCCGGGAGCUGCUGCGGCCGGUCCCGGCCCAGGCCUGCUCGUCUGCUCCGCUUGGCCCGCACUUGGCUCCAGACCCGGUGGGCGCCGGGGAAAGUCCCUUAGUGAUGAGCACACGCCGAGUCCUUGGGGCCGGCUGCAGCGCACCCGGGCUCCUCCCCAGGGCCCAUGUGUGACCCCCCCAGCCCUGUGUUCACCCCCGGGGGGGCAGCGCUCGCCUGCGCCCCGGGCCCCCAUCCUCUCCCCUGCAGCUGUCUCCGGCUCAGCCCCCGGCGCUGGGGCCCAGCUGAGCAGAGCCCAGAGGGCCCCAGAGGAAGGCGGCCGGGGCCGCAGGCGGCGGGCGGCUGUCACUUCGUGCUCGUCCGCUUGGAGAGUAUUUAUUUUUGUAGCUGAUAUGUUGAAGGCUCUCAACUUGUGAUGAAAACGAGGGAUGCUGAGCCCCCCACCCCCCUGAAGCUGGUGUGUGAGUCCCCGUCCUGGCCCGGCCUGUGCCCUCCUGUGCGGCUCUCCUCAGGGUAUCUCCCCAGGGACCCGCGCCCCCCGGGGAGGGCCCAGCCCCUGCUUGGCUUACGCCUAGGCCUUCUCUGCGGCCGCAGCCCGGGCUUGCUCAUGCCCCCGCUCGCACGGACUUCCUUCCGCAGCUCCCCGCUACUUCCACACCACGCUCCCCGCACCCUUAGCAAGGGAAAGGCAAAGGAUCAUGGGCGUUCGUCUGUGGUGGGCUGUAGCCAGCCUGCAGCACGGGGGCCGGUGGGCUCGUCUAGAAAGAAAAAAGGAAGAGCGCAGCAUGGGAAGUUGAGACCUAACGUGGCAGCAGCCCUCGCGGGCCCCCAGUCGGCGUGUGGGAAGACGGUGGAGAGAGCCCGUCCUUCCUAGGGCCCACCCGACCCUGCCCGGUCCCCGGGGGAUGGGCAGGCGAGAGCCGCACCCCUGCUGUCCAUCUCUCUGCUCAGGAGCAGGAGCGCGAGAGCGUAGGCCCUGGUGGGUCGGGGGCAUGGGACGAGCCGGCCCCAGAGCCACCCUGGGAGGCUGAGCCCGCGAGGGGUCCUGCCGCUGGCUCUCCCCGGCCGCGGGCUGCGCCCAGCCUGUGUGUGUCACUAACUCACUAACAUCUAGACGUGUCCCGGGAGGAGGGGCGGCGCCUCUCAUGCACCCCACACUGGAUGCACGCCUGCGCCCCUGCACGACGCUGAGGCUGCUGGACCCCAGGGGCUGCCGGGCGCCCAGGUGGGGCGCAGCCAGCGCCUUCGUGCGACCUCCUGAGGCUGCGUGCAGCGUGCGCUUGGAGUCGAGCCCUUGAGAGCAAUAAAAACUACCCCUGAAUGCCUGGGAAUGUUUUCUUGGAGGGGGUGGAUUUCCCUUCCACCUCUUGAGAACGAGGGGUGGGACACUGCUGGCCCCUGGG